AUCCUCCAGACACGAGGAGCUGCCCAGACUGUGAAUGUGAGAACAGUUGAAGUUUUCUUUUCAUCAACUUCUCAGCUAACAUGGCUAAUUCUGAAGAUCUUUCUUACGAGAUAGAGGAAGUUAAAGUGGCGAUGCAAAAUGGAGAUCUUGUUUUGGCAGCUGCCAAGGCCAAAAAUGUCUUAGAAAAAAAGGAGAAUACAUCUCUUACCAUUGCAAUCACAGGAGAACGUGGAUCUGGUAAUUUAACAUUAGUGAACACUUUAAGAGGCGUCAGUGAUGAUGAUGAAGCAGCAGCUCCUGUUGGUGAAGUAGAAACAACAAAGGAGCCAACUGAAUACAGUUACCCCAACAAUCCCAAAAUUAGAAUCUGGGAUCUUCCUGGAAUUGGCUCCAUUAAAUUUCCUGCUGAUCAGUAUCUGAAGAAAAUGCGUUUUGAAAAGUUUGAUUUCUUCAUUAUCGUCUCUGACACUCGCUUCAGAGAAAAUGACGCCAAACUCGCUCUGGAAAUUCAAAAGAUGAAGAAAAAGUUUUACUUCAUUUGUGCAAAAAUCGACAACAAUAUAAGAGACGCAGAAAGACGCCAGAAGGACAAAGAUCAAACCCUUCAGGAAAUCAGAGACAACUGCAUUCAAAAUCUUAAAGAGCUGAACAUUGAGUCUCCAGGUUUUCUGGUGUCUGCUCAUGAGCUUCAUUUGUACGACUUCCCUUUGCUUUGUGAGACCCUCGAGCUGGACCUGCCCGAGCUCCAAAGAGACGCUCUUCUCUUGGCUCUGCCCAACAUCAGCCUGGACGUCAUCAACAAGAAGAAAAAAGAACUACAAAAAUGGAUUCUGUUAAAGGCAGUAAUGUCUGCUGCAGGAGCAGGUGUUCCAUUCCCUGGUUUAUCUGGUCUGAUCGAUGUCGGGAUCAUUGUGUCAUUCACAAAAGAGUGUCAGGAUUCCUUUGGUCUUAGCCCUGCAGCACUACAAAACCUCUCAUGUUUGUCUGAUGUGCCUCUGGAGGAGUUAUUGAAAGAGUUGAAAUCUCCAUUGGCUGGAAAACAAAUCCUCUGUUUAGGCUGCCUCCAGGAGAAGCUGACAACGCACAAACUGUUUUCACCAGAGCCUUAA